AUGGCCGAGUCGCCAUCCCCGCACCUGGAACCUGAGGUCGACCUCACCGAAAUGUCCGACCCAACAGACAUGGGCCACGCAGGUCUCCAUACCAUCAUUCAGUUGAUCCAGUGCAAGCAGUGUUCACGUCCGCUACGCACACCGCUCCGGUUACCUUGUGGAAACACCGUUUGUCGGGAAUGUUUACCUCCCUCGCGGAUGCGGACGGGUAUCACGUACCCCGUAGCUGAGGGCAGGGACCAGGAGUUCACGUGCCCGUGGAAAGGAACCGAAGGAUGUAUUGGGGACCAUUGCAUUGGAGACUGCAGUGCCGAUGUCUUGCUUGCGAAGCUGGCCGGGGUUUUUGAACAGCUGCUGGCGGGCGCGAACAACGCGCCUCGGGAGUGCCAAGGCGACGGCAAUUUGGUUCGGUGGAGAGCCGACGAGACCCAUGAUUUUGAAAGUGCGCAGUUGGAGCGAGGCUAUUUGGAAGGUAUCUACAGACUCGCAUCGGAAGGAUCUUUCCCAUGCGCUGCUACCGACGUCAUAUACGAAACCAACGGUCCCGUUGGAACUACAAACACGCAGGAUCUUGUUCAACAGCAGAAUCUCCAGGACAAUCUCCGCGCCGAGCUAGAUUGUCAGGUUUGCUAUGCGCUACUGCUAGAUCCUAUGACUACGGCCUGUGGCCACACUUUCUGCCAACGAUGUGUUGAGCGGGUAUUGGACCACGCCGAUCUUUGUCCUAUCUGUCGUCGAAAGCUGGGGAUGCCGAGGAUACAAGCUGAACCUAUCAACAAGACUAUAUCGCGGCUGAUUGACUACUUCUUCCUCGACCAAAUUGCAGCCAGACGGGAGAUUGUCGCGCAGGAUGAAACCGGCCCAGAUUAUGAGAAAAACCUGCCCCUUUUUGUUUGUACGCUUUCAUUUCCGACUAUGCCGACUUUCCUUCAUGUCUUUGAGCCCCGUUAUCGACUGAUGAUUAGGCGGGUGAUCGAGAAUGGAAAUGGCAAGUUCGGCAUGGUCAUGUAUAAUCGGCGCGGCCGGCUACAGCUUGGCCAUCUGGAUGAUGCGCCAUUCAUGCAAUACGGAACGCUCUUGAUGAUAGAGCGAUAUGAGUUGCUUCCCGAUGGUCGGAGUCUCGUUGUGGCUACAGGCGUGUCGCGGUUCAAGAUUACCGACUCGGUAAUGCUGGAUGGCUAUUAUGUCGCCAAAACCGAACGCGUGGAGGAUAUCCCGCUGGCGGAAGAGGAACGUCUGGAGGCUCUGGAGACAUCAUCGAAUGGUGAAGAUGUCCUGCCAGAAAGUAUUCCAUCUGAUCCGGAGUUAGACUCCAUGUCUACUCAGCAACUUCUCCUCACAGCGAGAGAAUUCAUCAGUAAUCAGCGCAGAUCCGGUGCGCCCUGGUUGCAUCCCCGAGUCAUGUUAGCAUAUGGGCCCAUACCUGUGGACGCUGCUAGAUUCCCUUGGUGGUUUGCGAGCAUUUUACCCAUAUCCGAAGAAGAAAAAUACCCCAUACUAUCUGCCACAAGCGUUCGCGAGAGGUUGAAGGUUUCCGCCAAGUGGGCAAGACAACUCGAGGCUCGAGAUUGGUCGACCCGGCCUCUGAGUGGUUUCUUCACGUCAUUGUCACCAAAUGGAUUCACAGCAUUCUCAUCCUUCACGCCACUUUCCUUUUCUAUAUCCAUUUCAUUUGGUGGUUCCGGCCUCUCCAUUCCUGAGACAACCCCUCAAAUAUCCCAUGAACAUGACCAGCACCGUGGCACUGAAACGCCAGAGCAGGGAGAGGCUCAUAUCCCUCAGGUGUUCGUGAUCGGUGCGUUCUUUGCUAUAUUUUUCGCCCAAGUGGGUGUCAACUUCUUGCACGCUGUACGGAACGGACGACGCAGGCGACGGCUCUUGGAGAUGCAGUUCCCGCACCCUUUGCCUCAACGAGAACGGGUUCGAGUUGGAGGGACUGGGGAACCCCCAGACAAUACCAAUGCCAGAGGAGAACCCGUAGCAGAUGAUACGGAUGGGCAACCUGUUCCAGUAAAUACGCCAGUUGUUGAAUAG